CAGAAAUAUUGUUUCGUGGGACCCAGAUUCCGUCCCCUCCUCCUAUAGUAAUGGCAUGAGUCAGCCCGUAAGAUUGAGAUUUAAACCAAACUCAAAUUCCCUUAUUAAUCUUGACGACCUAAAAAUUCUCUCAAAUUACUGCUCAUACAGUUACAUAGUAAAUUGGCUGAUUUGUGCUUUGAAUUGAAGAAGUCCGGAGAAAAUAUGAGUACAUUAGAUGCUACCAGAGCGGAGCUUGCGCUUGCUAUUCUGUUUUUGAACAAAGCUGAGGCCAGGGACAAGAUAUGUAGGGCGAUACAAUAUGGUUCAAAGUACUUGAGCAAUGGAGAGCCUGGCACAGCUCAAAAUGUUGACAAAACUACCAGCUUGGCACGAAAAGUUUUUCGGCUUUUUAAGUUUGUCAACGAUUUGCAUGCUCUUAUUAGUCCAACUCCUCAGGGAACUCCUCUUCCCAUUGUUGCAUUGGGAAAGUCCAAAAACGCUUUGAUGUCAACCUUUCUGUUUCUGGAUCAAUUUAUCUGGCUUCAGAGAACAGGCAUCUAUAAGAACAAAGAAGGUGCAGAACUUAUUGGCAAAAUAUCUCUUUAUUGUUGGAUGGCCGGCUCAACUUGUACCUCCUUGAUUGAGCUUGCGGAACUUGGAAGACUGUCGGCUUCAAUGAAGAAAAUUGAGAAGAAGCUGAACAACACUGAUAAAUAUCAGAAUGAGGAAUAUCUUCUGAAGCUAAAGAAAGCAAAUCACAGGACAUUGGCUUUGGUAAAGGCAGUUAUGGAUUUAGGGGUUGCUGCUGGUUUACUUCAACUGGCUCCUAAUAAACUCACUCCCCGAGUAGUUGGAGGCCUUGGAUUUCUCAGCUCUCUCAUCUCAUGUUAUCAGUUGCUUCCCUCCCCACCAAAGACGAAGACACCAUGAAUCUGUUGACAAGUUCUACAUGCCUACCAAACUAGUUGGUCUAUGAUUGGUAGGAAACUAGGAAUAUAAAACAACCAUAUAUGAGCAGACUAGCUCUGCCUGCUCAGUUGAAACUAUGGUGGAUAAUUCCAAACUUCUGGAUUAGGUUUUCUUUGGAAUGUAUUUAUGACGAUUAACUUUACAUAGGACUAAAAUGGGUGAAUACUCUGAUUGCCAUGUUUUACAUUGCAAGGAGAUCUUUUAAGAAAAUUUGGAUCCUGCUGGUGGUAAUUAACCAUAUAUGAGCAAUUCAUUAGCUUUAAUAACAGAGGUUUGUGACUGUUCAUUCAA